CGAUCAAGCUGUUACUCGUCAUAAUGAUGUGUAACAUGACAGCUAAAAUAUCUUUUAAACGGCUGGUCGAAUCAUUUUAUUGUAGUUAGCUAAAGCAUAGCUAGCAAACUGCUAAUUCAAACACCUAUAGCUAGCUUAUACUGUAACGUUAAGGAAGUGUGUGACUGAGUUAACUUAAGCCAUGUAGCAGUCACUGCUACAGUUCACAGGAUGGACUCCAAUGGGAAACCCUCGGCCGCACAGAUCGUGGUGUUAGCCACCAGCUCGGCCCUGACUGCCAUCUUCUACUCUAUUUACAGGAGCAGAGCUACAACAGUUGCCAGAUUAAAGGAAGCAAAGAAAGUUUCCAUUGGCCAGGAUUUGAAAAACAUCCUGUCUGAAACCCCUGGAAGAUGUGUCCCAUAUGCCGUCAUAGAAGGUGUAGUGCGAGCUGUGAAGGAAACUCUGAGCAGUCAGUUUGUUGAGAACUGCAAAGGUGUCAUUGAAAGAUUGACACUGAAGGAGGAGAAGAUGGUGUGGAAUCGCACCACUCAUCUCUGGAACAACACAGAAAAAGUCAUCCACCAGCGCACCAACACAGUUCCAUUUGACCUCGGGUCUCAUAAUGAACAUAUCGCUGCCGCAGUUCGGGUUAUGCGUCCACUAGACGCUGCAGAGUUGGACCUGGAGACCAUCUACGAGAACUUCCACCCCACAGUCCAGUCUCUAUCCAGCGUUAUCGGCCACUUCAUCAGCGGGGAACGACCCAAGGGCAUCCAUGAAACUGAGGAGAUGCUGCGUUUGGGAGACAAUGUCACAGGUGUUGGGGAGCUGGUCCUGGAUAACAACCUGAUCAAACUCCAACCUCCCAAGCAGGGCUUCUCUUAUUUCCUCACGCGGCUGGACUACGAGUCUCUCCUGAGGAAGCAGGGAAACAGCGUCAGACUGUGGCGGAUCCUGACUCUGGUCUUUGGCGUCACUGCCUGUUCGAUGCUGAUAUACAUCCUGUGGAAACGAUACGUACACCACCAACGGAGCAAGAAGGAAAGGAGCAUGUUCCAAGAGUUCAAGGAACAGCAAAAGAAACGUAUGCGUGAACUCAACAUAGAGGAAAACAGCAUUCCCCCCACCAGCUGUACAGUGUGCCUGAGCCGGGAGCGCUGCUGUGUGUUUCUAGAGUGUGGUCACGUAUGUGCCUGCACUCAGUGCUACCAGGCCCUCCCCGAGCCAAAGAAGUGCCCCAUCUGCAGGGCAGUUAUAGACAGGGUGGUGCCCCUCUACAACAGCUAACGUGGGCAUCAGCAAAUACAGCAGGGUGUGGAAAUGGGAUAUAUUACACUGGAAGUCCUUUCAGCACUUUAGUCACAGUACUACAGCAAAUAUGUCAUUAAAAAGUCUUUCAGAGGGUUAUGUCUGUACUCUUGUUGCACUUUUUGUUUGUAUUCAUCCUGAUAAAUAGUUAUCUCUGUGCUGAAAUGUGAUAUAAUCACUUUUCCCAUCGGAUGUUUAAAUCAGAUUGAAAGCUGUAAUUCACCUUCAGAGAAAAUAGAAUUCUUUCUUCUGUCAUGAUAAAGAUAAUUAAAUUCCUUCUUUUGCCUUGAGGAGAAAAUAAGAUUUCUUUGUAGACACACAAAUGUUAAUCAGAAAACCGAGCUGUUUCCUGAUGCAGCUCGGUUUUAGAGGUGAAGAGCAUUUUGAAACCGUUUCUGCAAAUGUUCUUAAAUUUGUGCAUGUGUAUAAACACUCGCACCGCCGUAGGCUACGCAGUUAUCCUAUGGCGCUGUGUGGAUUCAACACAGAACCAUAAAUCAAGCUUAAUAUGAACUGAAAAGAUUAUUUUGAUAAAGUCACAAUCAUUGUAUUAAAAAGAAAGCUGUUGGAACAAGAUGGAGCUUUCUGCCAGGAGAGGGAGAUGUCUGCCUUAGAAGGAAAUCAGGAAUUGGAGCCAGAGGUAUAAAAUGUUAGAGAUGUGGUGCCAUAUGCUCCCACAGUGCAAGCUGUUGUUUGCAGCACCCUCUGUAUUUGUUGCUUCAGUUCAAACUGCCUUGCACAUUGAAAUAUUCAGAGGUGAAAUUUAUACGUGCUUGCUCAUGUAUAAAAUACGGUUACUGGGAGAUGGGACAGCCUGUUGGCAGGGCCUCUCCUAAUGCCCCACGGGGACGGAUGUAUGUCCAGUGUUGGCGGGCUUGUUAUGGGAGUGCUCAGUGUGUUCUGUUGUUGGUGUGUGUGUGAAUUAAAAAGUGGCUCAAGUGAGCACAGAAAAAGGCA